UGAAAUCCACACUACUCGACACUCACUCACAGUAGUAAUGCUCCCCAGUGUGUAACAGGCAGAUCUCACAGACUGAUCAUUCUCAUCACGAGAAAUGUUACUACUGAAAUCUUUCAAGACGUCUUAGAGUAACGCCCGUCUUUAAAAGUCUAAUGCAUACUGUGCAAGUCCGCGCGACGAAAGGAAAUAAGUUCAAAGAUGUCUGUCAGUAAUCACGAGAACCGAAAGUCGAGGUCAAGCUCUGGAUCCAUGAACAUCCAGCUGUUCCACAAGACGUCACAUGCAGACAGCCUACUUACCCACCUCAACCUCCUCCGCAAGCGACGUAUUUUCACGGAUGUAGUCCUGCGUGCUGGACAUCGAGCAUUCCCAUGCCACCGGGCGGUUCUGGCAUCGUGUAGCCGCUAUUUUGAGGCCAUGUUCAGCGGUGGCCUGAAGGAGAGCCGAGACGCCGAGGUCAACUUCCAUGACUCAUUGCACCCGGAGGUUCUGGAGCUCCUGCUAGACUACGCCUACUCCGCCCGGGUGAUCAUCAACGAGGAAAAUGCGGAGUCUUUGCUGGAGGCUAGCGACAUGCUCCAGUUCCACGACAUCCGUGACGCCGCCGCAGAAUUCCUGGAGAAGAACCUGCAUCCGUCCAACUGUCUUGGGAUGAUGCUUCUGUCCGAUGCUCAUCAGUGCCAGAAGUUGUAUGAACUUUCUUGGCGGAUGUGCCUGGCAAAUUUCGCUAAUCUCUACCACACUGAGGACUUCCUGAGCCUGCCCAAAGAUAAAGUUCAGGAGCUCGUUUUUAGCGAGGAGUUGGAGGUUGAGGAUGAAAGCAUUGUGUACGAGGCUGUUAUUGACUGGGUUAGAGCAGACAUUGGGAGAAGACAUCUGGAUCUUCCCGACCUUCUGCGCUGCGUUCGCCUCGCCCUGCUCCCUGAGAGCUACCUGCUAAAGAAUGUUGCAUCCGAGGAGCUCGUCAUGGGACACAAGGUGGGCCGUGAGAUUGUGGAAGACGCUGUCCGUUGCAAAAUGAAGAUCCUGCAGAAUGACGGAGUUGUCACGGGCUUCUGCGCCCGACCCCGGAAGGUCAGCCAAGCCCUCCUGCUUCUAGGAGGCCAAACGUUCAUGUGCGACAAAGUAUACAUGAUUGAUCACAAGGCGAAAGAGAUCACUCCCAAAACAGACCUUCCUAGCCCUCGCAAAGAGUGUAGUGCUUGCGCUAUUGGCUGUAAGGUAUAUGUCACAGGUGGACGAGGGUCUGAAAACGGGUCUUCAAAAGACGUUUGGGUCUAUGACACCUUGCAUGACGAAUGGUCCAAAGCUGCACCGAUGCUCGUCGCUAGAUUUGGACAUGGUUCAGCAGAACUUGACCACAUUCUCUAUGUAGUAGGUGGACACACAUCCCUUGCGGGGUCGUUCCCUGCAUCCCCAUCUGUGUCUCUCAAACAAGUGGAGCAGUACAACCCCCAAUCCAACAAGUGGACACUGGUAGCUCCUCUUCGAGAGGGUGUGAGCAAUGCUGCUGUCGUAGGGGCCAAAAACAAACUCUUUGCUUUCGGAGGGACUAGUGUAAACAGGGACAAAUAUCCUAAGGUUCAGUGCUUCGACCCCUGUGAGAACAGGUGGACUGUCCCGGCCACUUGUCCUCAGCUUUGGCGUUACACAGCGGCAGCAGUCGUUGGGAACCAUGUUGUUGUCAUUGGCGGAGAUACUGAGUUCUCGGCGAGCUCCGCGUACCGCUUCAAUAGCGAGACGUUCCAGUGGACCAAGUUUGGUGACGUGACUUCCAGGAGAAUCAGCUGUCAUGCGGUGGCGUCGGGGAAUCGCCUGUACGUGGUCGGGGGAUACUUUGGGGCGCAGAGGUGUAAAACCUUGGACUGCUAUGACCCCUCAACGGACUCAUGGGAUAGCAUAACAAGCGUACCAUAUUCGCUUAUCCCGACAGCAUUUGUCAGCACCUGGAAGUACCUCCCAUCUUGAAGAAAAUACACCUGUUAUUUGAUCUUUCAGCGUUCUCUGGAAUGCAGCCGAGUUUCCCCCCCACGGGGCUUGGGAAUGCCGGGGGGAGGGGGAGGCGCUUUUCCUCCUUCACAUUCACAUGGAUCUUUCACUGGAAGCCAAGCCUUAGGUCAGUCGGGAUGGUAAUCAUGGCAACCGGAGCCCAUCCCAGGUCGCUGCAGUUCUGAUGGCGACUCGACCCAAAAGAGGGAUGCAGCAUUAUGAACACAUGUGUACAUAAACUUACUAGACUUAUCUCUUUAAACCAGGCUGUUUUUAGCCUGAGGUUCCAUACUUCGAAGUCUUGCUCACUCACACGGAUCCUGUGCGUUCAUUAAUUAAAUAAUUAUUAACUCUUGCCUCUGGUCACUCACCUUAGUGCAUGAAACAGGGCUCACUGUGUUCUUAGUAAACUUGGGUGACCUUUGAAAGAGGAAAUGAACCCAAAACUUUAAUAAAGUUAGGCUGUGCUGCCUUUUUUUAUAUCAGAUGUUUUCGAAUAUGGAAUAUAUUAUACAUAUUCUAAACACUUUUCUGAUCAGCACUGUAUUCUUGUUAUAAUAGUACUAGACGAAUAGCCAGGCUGGGCUAAUAGACAAGUUUGGGUCAUUUUUCACACCUAAAUAAUAGUAUAUUUUGCAUAAAGAAAAUAAAGCCUAAUUUUAGGUUGUUUGCAUUGCAGUAUUAUAUGCAAGGCAAAUAAAACGCAUGUUCCCUCUAAAUUCUCAUUACCGUAAUGCAAAAAAAGUCAUUACCAUAAUGGAACAGAACAAGAAUGUAUUCUUUAAAUUGAAUAUAUUCUAAAAAUAAUACUUAGAAUUCCAGAACAAAUUGUAAAUAUGAUCUUAAUUGUGAUGAAAAGAAUGUUACAAUGCAAAAUAAGAGCCACCAAAUAAGAAGUUAUAUUUUGCUUGUAGACAAUGAAGCCUGUUUUUAAUGAUAUUUUCAAGGCAAUUAAAGCAGAUUUUCCCUCCAAAUUCUCAUUACCGUAAUGCAAAGAAUUGGUUACCAUAAAUGAAAAGAACAAGAAUACAUUAUUUAAAUGAUUAAAGUUAUAAUAUUUGUAUGUUGACUUAAAAAAUAAAUACUUAAAAAGACUGGACAAAUUGCGGUAAUGACGAAAAAUGUUCUUAACUGUCAUGGAAAUAACGUCACUAUGCUAAAUCACUCUUACUGGUCCUAAAAUAGGCUUUCUUUUCUUUAUUCAGAAUAUUAGUUUCACGCAACUGUAGAAUGUGUAGUUUACAAUGUGAAUAACAGGUGGUUAAACUACUAAAGCGGUGGAUUCCUUCCCUAAUGUUUUUGUGCCAAUGUUUCAAUAAAUUAUUUUCAAAGUGAGCAACAUCCUAGCAAACGUCUUACAUGUUGUUGCUGUACAUGUAGCCUCGAUUAUGUUUUUUAGUAGAUUUUGCACUUGUAUUGAGAUGCUGUCCUUCUCACUGUUGAACGGUCAUCUACACUCAUAAGGGUGUUUUUCUUAAACGUAAGACAUUAGAAUGUGUUGCCUGAGGCCAAAGAAAGCAGCACAGAUAGAGACAUGUUACCAGCUAAAUGUUGCAUUUGCAAACUGUUUUGCAUUGAAAUAUGUUGUCUUAAUUUGUGUACAACUUUUUGAUAUACUGAUUCUUGUUUGUUUUGGACAUUUAAUGCCAAAUAUAGUUUCUAACGUCUGUCAGUGUGUGUGUGUUAAAGACUUUUUUUAAAUAAAAUGUCUGAAAAUGCCAA